GUCUCGUUCUCCACCUCUUCGUCAGCAUUCAACGACGGAAUACCUACCUUACAUGAUCCACAGUCGGUCUCCGCCAGGGCUGCUGCCAUUGUUUCCAUCAUACUCUCUGUGUCGGCUGGGACCAUCUAACCAGUACUCACAUAUGAUGGGGUUGGAUAUGCCAGGAUUUCUGCCUGGAAGUAAUUUUUUAUUACCUUGGGACAUCCCUGUCAAAAGUGAACAAGAAAAAUGGCCAACCGUCUCGGAGACGUUUGGGGCUGUUAAAAAACGACAGUUGAGAAAACUAACUAAAGUUGCAGCGGAAGGUGUAGAACCUGUGACUUCAGUUCGAGUCUUCUUGGGAAUGGAGUAUGAGUGUCCACGAGGCCAUCGCUUUUUCUGCAGUGGGCCAGACAAAGUGAUCAAGGUUUCUUCAAAUAGCAUAGUCAAGGACAAUGCCAGCAGACUGGUUCAGAUGGAUAUGCCUCUGUACACAGCUUGCCAUUACAAGCAACCAAAAGGCUGCAUGGCACAAAUGAUGAGAAUCUACAUUGUGACACCCUGUGAUGUGGCCAACUGUCCACCGGUCCGUGUCCAGAUCAACCCCUACAUUCAGCCUUGUCCUGCCCCUUGUCCACAGUUUCAUCCUGGGCUGGACUCUCCGCUGGAAUUACCACAAGAUGGCAUUUGGGUGCUACGAUUACCACAUAUCUACAGAGAUGAGAACCAGACCUACCUGAUGCCCAAUGACCACAACUGUUACCUGCUGAAAGGAAUGUUCACAUACAGGAUUUUGUGA